CUCCCCACCCCCCCAGCUGCCACCAUGUCUGAGGGAACCAUUACCACCCGUAGAAUCGGCACCCGAGCCGCGGUUCGCCAGGAGAACUCGGCCAUGGCGGAGUCUGAAGCCACCACCUCCACCACCACCGCUACCACUACCACCACUGCUACCACAACCUCAGAGACCUCCUCUUCCCAGACUGUUCCCCCCUCAGAGUCACCAAAGUUGGAGAUCCAGGUGGUCCCGAAAGAGGAACCUAUGCCAGAACCCGUGGAGACCCCCACUAUGCCGUUGACAACGCCUGUGACCACGGCAGCCACGCCUGUGACCAUGGCAGCCACAGUGACACUAGUGACCACAGCAGUACCGGUCUCCACUUCCCAGACCUCCUCCCCCACCAUCACCACCCCUGUCCCCACCACCAUCACCACCGCCACCACCCCUGCCAUCACCGCCGUCCAGGUGAAGGACGCUCUGUUGCUCCAGCCGCUGGGGCCGAGCCCCUUCACUGGCCGGAAACGGAAAGCCAACUUCUCCAACGAGGAGACCGAGACGCUGGUGAAGUACGUGGUCAAACAUUUCAGCGCUUUGUACGGCUCGGAGGCGCUCCGCACCGAGUCCACCCGCAGGAACCAGAGGCGCAGCCAGCUGUGGAAUCAGAUCCAGAAACACGUCAACGAACUUGGUUACACCCCCCGCAGCAUCGAUGACCUCAAACACAAGUGGCGGGACCUCCGCCUGGAGGUGAAGAGGAAGAUCACCCAUCGCAAAACCGGCAGCAAGGCGCCCACGCCUCCCGGGGUCACCCCUAUCAUAGACACUAAACUCACCUCAUUGGAGGAACAGGUGGCCUCCACCAUCGGACAUCACUGCUCACUGGAUGGAGAACAAGAGGGCCUCUACAUCGAGCCGGGUGUCCCCCGACAGUCCAUAUUUUUCAACUGCAGAGGUUCCCCCGGAGCCCCAAUGUCUGAACUCGGCGCAGCAAGCCCCCGACCAAAUUCUGAGAUCUCUAUGAUGUCACCGCUGAUUAGCACCUCCCCCGCCCAGCUGUCCUUUGUGCUUUCAGAAGACGGGGACAACGAAGAGCAAGAAAUGGACGUCACUCCUUCUUCCGUCGCCCAGACGGUCUUUCCCACAGUUGCUCCCGUAGUCACGCCGGCGACGAUCACCAUUAAACCUUUCCCGGAGACUUGGUCGACGGUGAAGAAUUUGGGUUCCUUGGUGACCACGUCGGGUCUCCUGCCACUCCAACAGACCAUUUUGGCGGCCACGCAGCAGCUCCUCACUGUGAAGCAAGAAGUGUUAACGGCGCAGCCCGCCAUUUUCCCGGCCCGCUGCGAGUCCCAGAGCUCCCUCGUCUCCUCCCCCGAGGGAUCUGUCUCCAAUGCGACCGCCUCCACCGAAUGGAACGGAGACCACUCGGCGGUGGCGGCCUGCGGCGAUACUGAGAUGGUGAAGCUGAAAGUGGAGGAGGACGAUGACGACGAAGAAGAGGGCGACGGCCAGGACGUGGGAAAGAAUUCUCCCCUGCCGGAGAGCCAAGACGAGUGGGAGGGGCAAUCGGCGUCCCCGCAGCCCAGUGACAACGCAGUGGAGGACUCUCUACCUUCCACCGCUUCCCAGGAUGGCGACCCACCUUCUGGCACCGACCUGCCCACCAAUGGCGACUGCUCCUGCGAGCCCGGCGAGGGCAAAGACGAGGUGAAGGCCAAGAUGCAGCGGCUGUUGGAGCUGGAGGAGCGCUGGGACCGGAUGUACGACCAGGAGCUCGGCAUCUGGGAGGAGGAGAGGUCCCGGCAGCAGCAACAACGCUCACAGGACAGAGAGCUGCAGCAACAGCUGCUCACCGUGCUCACGGACAUUCGCGACGAGCUGCGCCAGCUCAGGCAAGAGAGAGCCGCCGUCCGGCAGAACCAAUCCGCUGCUCACAGCUCGCUGCCGACCACCAAGGUGGAGGAACCUGAAAGUCCCAAAGCUGCUCCCGAAACCCCCAAGGCAGCUUCCGAGCCGCGUACCCCCCCGACCUCCAUAGGAAAGCGAAGGGGGCGCCCGCGGAGCACCAAACCAGAGCCUGGGCGCUUCAGCCGGCAGGCUCCAGGAUCUGCCUCCAAAAGCUGAGCUUGGCCCUCCCGCCCCUUUUAGACUUUGCUUUGCUGCAGAGAUUUUACCCCCCCCCCCCUACCUGUAUUGGGGGGGUGGGGGGACCACACUGGAAAGAGGAGGAGUAUCGUCCCAAUAAACUGUCCUGUCCUGCUAGGUUCAGACUGCAUAGACAUCCUUUUUUGUCGCGAGAAUUUCCAACCGUGAAGGAGGCGGCCCCUUAGUCACGUGACCUCAGGCUGUUCGCCACUCUGGGAAAUCUAAGGGGUGUUUUUUUGUAAAGAGAGUUUGGGGGUGGGGGGGAAUAUAAAAAUAUAGUUCUAUUUUUCUGAUAUCCUUUAGUUACGAGCCUUAAACCGAUUUAGCGAAUUUUUUCCUUCGGUCUUUUUUUCCUGGAAGUGGAAGCUGAUGGCUUCGCGGGAGGGUGAUGAAUUCUUAUUUUCGUGACACGCCGGAGGGUGAUGAAUUAUUUUUUUUCCGUGAGACGCCGCGGGAGGGUGAUGAAUUCUUAUUUUCGUGAGACGCCGCGGGAGGGUGAUGAAUUCUUAUUUUUCCGUAGCAGGAAUGAAGUGUAUGUUCUGUAGAAGUCACUGUUCUGUUUUUUUUUUUUUUUUGUUACGGAGACCGAACGCUAAAGAAGAGCGUCCAACGUUUUUUUUUUUUUUUACUUUAUAAUUUUAUUGUUUAAACUUAUUUUAUUUUUAUUAUUAAAUAUGAUGAAUUCCCGAUCCAAAGCACGUCCCAUCAGGGCCCGAUCAUCACUCGCUGGCUUCGCUUUUGGGACCACAGCGCAUGAAAUAAAGGGGACGGGCCGGGGGCGGGGUGGGAUGUUUCCGGUGACUGGACCUUUUAUGCUUUUUUUUUUUCAUGCAAUAAAUGAAAUGAAAUGUU